AUGGAAUCUAUCGUGUUUACCGAGUUUGAAGGAUUUGGAGAGUAUAAGCAUGCGCAUAUGAUUCAGCUCGCUGAUGGAUCGAUUAUUUCUCACAAUUAUAUGUGCCUCAAAUUGAUAUAUGAUUCAUUGUUCCAAUGUUAUCCUCAACACAAAUCUGCACUUUCAUUGAUUUGGAAAGCUGAAAAAAAACGAAUUGCCGAUCUCGAACUUCAAUUGAAGUUUUUCUAUAUGACGGAAGAAGAGUUGAAAUGUUUUCGGAAAAAAGUGUUAAAGUUAUUUGAAGAAGGUAAGGUUAUUUUUUGUCAAGUUAAAUAACAAUAAAAUAAUUGUUUCAGAGUUCCAGUUGGAAUACGAAUAUAAUCCAGAAAGUAUCACAGCUCUAUCACAAUAUAUCUUUCCACAUGAUCAAUAUUCUCCACAAUUUCAUAAAGAAUUGCAAGAAAUUGUUGAAAAAUUAGAAGAUUUAAGGGAAUUUUCCGGAAUUUGUAUUUUGGCUCGAACAAUGUUUCAAUUUGCAUUUGCUCCUUUGCAAAGUUUAAAAAACUAUAUCCAAUUUAAUAAGAAAGAAGACAAAAAAAUUGAUUUUAAGAACUAUGAGUGAAGUUAAUAUUGAAGAUCGAAAAGAAUGGCAUUUAUUCACUGAUGAAGUUUUGGAAGUUAUUGAAAUUCAAUUGAAAAAAGAUGGAAAAUUAGAAGAUAUGAAAAUGAAGUUGGAUGAAUUCGAGAAAAAAUGGAAUACGAGUAAUGGAAAAGGAAAUUUUUCUAUAAUUCCUGUUAAUAUAUUCGAAAAGUUUUUGAAAACCCUGGGAAUCGACAAAUCAAACUUCCUGUUGGUGCCAGAUUUUCAAUUCAAAUUAAAAACCACCAUUAAUCCAGUUAUGAUGACAUAUUCUGCGAUUGAAAUUGAUUCAUUUACAAGUGGAAAGUGCUAUCAUCAAUUUCAAGCACAAUUUUUGAUUUUUCAAUUCGGUGCUUUUGAUAUUUUCUGGAAUUCGAAAAAUGAGAAAAAGAAAAAACGGCAGAAAAAGAAAAUCAUUGAAGAGAUGAAAAAUAUCAAAAAAGGGUAUACUUUGGCUGAAAUUGUUGAAAAACAUGUGGAAAAUGUGAAAAAUUCGGAGCUCGCUGCCAAAACUCCAUUGUCUCAUUUUCACUCGAAAGGUUUUGAUGAAAAAUUGGCGGAAGAAGAAUUGUUGAAGUAUAUUCAACCGAGAAAAAAUAUCAGGAAGUUUUUGAAAAGUGAAAAUGGAAUUGAAAUUUGGAAGGCGAGAGCUGUUGUUAUUUUGGAUUGGGUUGAGAAAUUUUUUGAAGAUCAAAAUGAGCAAGAGGUAUAUUUUAUUCAGUGGGAUUUCAGUGAAUUAAAAUUAAUCAUUUUUUUUCCAGCUGAAAUCGAAUAUUUUGAAAGGCUGCACUUUUGCUUUCCCAUUCAUUGAACUGCAAAAAGUUGCGGAUUUCGAAAAUUGGGCAAAAUCUUCAGAUUUAUUCUUCAAUCAACAAUAUAUCAAUUUCCCAAAAAUGCAACUUUUUAUUGAUUAUUGCAAAACAACAUUUCACAAUUUGAAUGAAGUCAAGGAAUCACAUUAUUUAUUCGAGAAUGAUGAUAAAAUUGGAGAUUCUAUACAAGAAAAUACACGUGAAAAUAAACGUGAAAAUCGAGGUCGACUAGAUAUUUUUGAUAAAAUUUCAGUUUUGAUUCCGUGAGUUGUGAAAAGACUUCAAAAAAAAAUGUUUACAAAAAAUUCUAAAAUUUUUAGGCAAAUAUUGGCUGGUUUUCCGGAUGGUGUAUUUUUCCCAAUGGAAAUAUUUGCGGAUAAAGUUCAAGAAACAAUUGUGAACUCGUUUAAAGAGCACGAAAAAGAGAAAAUGGUAUUAUUGAUGUCUGAAAUGAAUAGUUAUAAUAAGUUGGUUGAAUGUCUUCAUGAAUAUUGUGAUGUUGCAAGUGUUGAUCAAGGAUAUUUUCGGAAAAAAAGAAGCGAGAUGUUAUGGAAAAUGAGGAGCAGAAUAUAAAAGUUAUCAAGAAAAUUGUGAAUGAAAUUAAAAAUGUUGAAAGUUGCGGGAAAUGCGAAGAAACUUGCGAGGCAAAGGAUGGAAUUUCGAAGAAAAUUGAGGAAUCUGAAAUUGAAAAUAUUGAAAGACGCAAGAUUUUAGAAGAAAAAGAGGGGGAAAUUAUGAAAUUGAAGGGGGAAAAUAUGCAAAAUAAGGUGAAAUAUCGAGAAGAAGUGCAAAAAUAUAAGGAAAAUUUGGAGAAAAAUGAGGGGAAAAUUGAAAGUAUUCAAGAAGAAAUGAAGAAAUAUCGAGAGGAUUUGAAAAAUGAACGAGAUUUUUUGUAUUCCGAUUUGGAACAGAAAACGAAAAUGUUAGUUGAAAAUUUUGAAAUAUUUUACCUAUGCUUUUUUUCAGCGCUGAUGAAAAUGUGAAGAAAAUUGAAAUCGAACUGGAAUUUUCGAAAAACGCUGAGAUUUCAAAGCAAAAAAUUAUUGAAAAUUUGGAGAAGGAGAAUGAAGAAUUGGAAUUGGAGCUGGAAAAUGCUUCUAGAAAAUUUGCUGAAAUUUGCCAAAAAGUUGACGAGCAUCGAGAAGAACAACUAUUUCUCGAUUCAGAAUCAGAAUCAGAUUUCAAAGAACAAGAAGAAGGAAUUCAAGAAAUCCUAAAAUUCGAUAACCUCAUCGAGAAAAUUCACGAAACUUGCGAAGAAAAAUCGGAAGUUAUCAGUUUUCGCAGAAAAUUCAACAUUUAUUCGAGAAUCUUGGAAGAUUUUGAUGGAAAUUGGGAAAAUAUUCCAGAUUUUCCAGCUGGGUUUUCAGGAGAAUUUAUGCAAAAAUAUGAGGAAUUUUUGAAGAAGAAUAUGGAACUUGAGGAAUUGUUUUAUGAAGAUUUCGAUUUCGAAUUUGAAAAUGAAAAAGUCGAAGAGAAUGACUAUAUUUGCCUGAUUUGUUCCGAUUUAUUGAUCGAAGAAAUUGAAAAAUGCACAAAGUGCAAAAAAUGUGAAAGAAAAUAUCAUUCAGAGGUCAGUUUUUUGAAGAAAAAGCUUUGUGAAAAUAUAAAAUAUUUUUUAAAAUUUUUCAGUGUGCAUCAAAAUGGCUUUGCCUGAAUUCAAUCUGCCCAAAUUGUCGUAAUUUUCUACCAGAUCCAUGUCAAUAUCCAUUGUUAAAUUGUUAA